AGAUGAUUUUUUUAGCCUUGCUCCUCUUUGCACGCCAAAAUCUUGUUGCAGCUACUGGCAGAGGUCAAAAUAUGUGUAAGACCUUUGGCAGUGGGGUUAUCCAGCCUUUUAAUGGAAGUACAUACUAUGUGCGGUCCUCGUGUCCUUUCACCUUCACGCACUUCAGUGGGCGCGGUGUUGACUGUGACAUAACCAUACAUCGGGGGAAUACUGGCCUUAUGGACAGAGUGGAGAUCAUUGUGAACAAAGUCAUGACUGUCCUUCAGAACGGCUCUGUUUUCGUGGAAAAUAAAAGAGUUUCUCUUCCUUAUGAUCACACGUAUCAACAUGUCUUUCAUUACGGCAUCUACACCAAGCUACAAAGUAAGGUUCUACCUGUGUCAGUCACCUGGAGCAGUGGGCCGGGAGGCAUCAGCUCACUCUGGGUGGAACUGGACCAGGAGUUAGUGGAGGAAAUGAGUGGGCUAUGUGGCCAACUUAACACGCAAGAUGACAAACAGAGGUUAAUUUCUCAGAGCACACUCUCUGAUCAAACAUGUACAAUUACUGAUGUCGUUCAGCAACUUAACCCCGUAUGUGUUGAAUUCAUAUCUAAUGCUUUUGAGUGCCUCAGCAUUCAGAAAAUGCAUUACAUGCACUUCAAAUAUCUGUGUGAGCAGAACAUUUAUGGCUAUGAAAACAACGUGGAAGUUCGAUGUUCUUUCUUUGAAGAAAUUGUUCGCAAAUGUGGCAACACAACCCAUAUUUGGUCACGCUGGAGAGGAAUCACAAGAUGCCCUCAGCCAUCUUGUCCUGGAGACUUAAGUUAUCGAGAGUUGGGUCCUGCCUUCCUGCCAACCUGCUCCAACCCUUCAUCCCGAGUCACUGAUCGGGACAUUAUCAGCACAUGUGUGUGCCCGAAAGGUCAGGUCCUGAAUGACCGUGUUGAAGGCCAUCGCUGUGUGAAUGUAACAGACUGCCCAUGUGUUCAUGCUGGGAGAAGCCAUGGGCCUGGAGAAGAGCGCAGCACAAAAUGCCAGACAUGUGUGUGUAUUAAAGGAAAAUGGGCUUGCUCUGGAAACACCUGCUCAACCCCAUGUAUUAUUGAGGGUCAAUAUGUGACAACAUUCGAUGGAAAACAGUAUACUCUACCAAUGAAAUGCACAUAUGUGGCUGCUAGGGGUCAGAACUGGACAUUAACCAUUGAAAUAUCUGAGAGGGCUGUUCGUAUAGAAACAGUAUUCCUGCAGGUUAAUCAGGAAAAAUAUACCUUCUCUAUUAAUAGUGUAAAACGUGAUAAUGAAGAAAUACAUGACCUACUCCAGACUGAGUAUGCCACAGUCUUCUGGGAGUCAUCUAUUUAUGUUCUGGUCCAAACUUAUUUUGGCAUGAAGAUGCAAGUCCAGAUCUCUCCAGAAGUUCAAAUAUAUGUCUAUUUGCCAGAAACAGAAAGUGGAAUUACCCAAGGACUUUGUGGAAACAACAAUAAUGAUACGACGGAUGACUUUACCGCUAGCAGUGGCAUUAUUGAAAAUGCAGCACAACCUUUUGCCCUGUCCUGGGCUGUCGGUGAUUGUCGUGACAUGCCCAUGUGCAUCAACCGCGACAACGAGAUAUUUGCCGAUGACAAGUGUUACCAGCUGAGGGACCCAAAUGGCAUAUUUGCUCCAUGCCAUGAUUAUGUACCAGUGGACUACUACCUCCAGGCAUGUAUUCAAAGAACCUGUCUCUGUACAACAAGAGUUCAAGAAUGUCUAUGCGUUGCUCUCGGCAACUAUGCUAAGGCAUGUGUCAGUCAGGGCAUUGUUGUUGGGGACUGGAGGGGAGCAGCAAACUGCACACUGAUGUGUAGGGGGAAUCUUCAGUUUGACUACACCAUGCGAGCUUGUAAUCGUAGCUGCCGAGCUCUCUCAGGAUCUGAUCCCACGUGUGAGAUCGAGAGCGACCCAGUGGAGGGCUGUGGCUGCCCAGCAGGCACUCACCUGAACAGUGCACUCACCUGCAGCCCAAAGGCUCAGUGUACAUGCCACUACCAGGGUGGUUUGGUGCCACCAGGGCCUGUGGUAAUUGAUGGACGCCAGUGCCUGAGCAAGCCAGCUAAUGUUUUUGAGAACUGCAUAAAUGGAUGCUACUGUCCAGAGGGUCAAUAUGAAGAUCACAAUGGAGUUUGUGUUGAUCUGGAAAACUGCACAUGUGUGUUCAGUGGGAAAGUAUACACAUCUGGACAGAGUGUGGAGACAAACUGUAAAAUAUGCACCUGUAGUCGGGGACAGUGGCAUUGUGUGGGUGACCCAUGCCCAGGCAAAUGCCAAGUUUAUGGUAAUGGACAUUACCAGACUUUUGACUCAAAAUGGUACCGUUUUGAUGGGAACUGCCAGUAUGUACUUGUGGAGGAUGGUUGUGGUGAUGCUGAGGGUUCGUUUGUCAUUAGUGCUGAGAGUGUUCCCUGCUGUGACGAACUGUUGACCUGUUCCCGCACUAUUGUGGUGGAGCUCCUGGGAGAGGUCAUGCUGACGCUUAACGAUAUGAAGGUGAGGCGCGAAGUUCUUGGGCAGUCUUUGCUUCAGGCUGAGUCCCUGUACUCAGUCCAUGUGCUUGGCCUUUACAUUGUGAUUUCAGUGCCCAGACAUGGCUUGACUGUAAUUUGGGACAAACACACUAGAGUCACUAUCCUGCUGGAGGCCAAAUGGAGGAGCAGAGUUUGUGGACUUUGUGGAAACUUUGAUGCAAAUGAGAAGAAUGACCUGCUUACAAGUGGUUCCUCUGAGGUGUCCAGCACCCUUGAGUUUGGGAACAGCUGGAAGAUAGCUGUCCCCCCAUGUUCAGAUGUGUUCCAAGAAGUCUUUCCUUGUGAGCGUCACUCAUAUUGUGCAGCCUGGGCCGAACGCCGAUGCAUGAUCCUGCACAGUAGCACCUUUGCAGACUGUCAUCUUAAGGUGGAUCCUGAGCCCUACUAUAGAGCUUGUGUUCUUGAGUCCUGCUCCUGUGAGUUUGAGGGGAAGUUCCUUGGGUUUUGUACAGCAGUGGCAGCAUAUGCCGAAGCUUGCAGUGAACAGAAUAUUUGUAUCAAAUGGAGGACUCCAGAUUUGUGCCCUGUGUAUUGUGACUAUUAUAAUGAAGAGGGGCAAUACAGUUGGCACUAUGAGCCAUGUGGUCAGAUCAAGACUUGUGGCAAUAACAAUAACUUUUUUGGAAAGCUUGAGGGCUGUUAUCCAAGAUGCUCAGCAGAGAGGCCGUAUUAUGAUGAGAACACAGAUAAAUGCACCACAUCAGUUAACUGUACCUGUUUCUUCAAUGACACAUUGAUACUUUCUGGUGAAAGAGUAAAUGGGACAUGUGUUUGUGCUGAAGGACGUAUCAUUUGUGAGACUCCAACGUCAACAACUCCAGAACCAAGUACCACCGUGUCAACUACUCCAGAAACCACAAAUACCACCACUCAACCAACAACUCCAGAACCCACAACAACUGCCAGUGUACCGACACAUCCAGAACAAACUACCACUACAGCAACUACUGCAGGAACCACAACUUCCUCCACCACACACUACCCUGAGGCACACAACAACUAUGGCACAAACUCCUCCAGAACCAACAAAUGCAUCUACAACCCCAGAAUACUUGCCUACCACAACCUUGGCAACAACUUCAGAGCCUACAACAGCUGCAACUGUAUCAGUUACUUGGAGGCACACAACUAUGCCACAAACUACUCCAGAACCAACAACUGUAUUUACUGCAAGGAUCUGAAGAGGAACCAAACUUGGAAAGAUGGGUACAAUUGGACAGAGGAUUGCUUCCAUAAGAAGUGCAGUAAUGGAUCAAUUGAUAUGACCACUGUUAGAUGCCCUGAUACAGUCAUGCCACAAUGCCCGAGAGGCAAGAUGAGAGAGGUGUCUGAUGGGUGCUGUAAGACCUGGAAAUGUGACUGUCAGUGUGAUGUUUAUGGGGACCCUCACUAUAUCUCCUUCCAGGGUACAACAUUUGACUUCCUGGAUAACUGCACUUAUAUUCUGGUGGAGGAGAGGGUACCUCGUUACAAUCUCAGUGUGGUUGUGGACAACUAUUUCUGCAUACCAGGGUUGCCUGGCUCAUGUGCCAAGGGGAUCGUUCUUAAGUACCACAACAACACAAUCACCCUUACAAUAAUCGACUCAGAUUUGUCUGCUCCCAUCUUACAGCCCACUCUAAAUCAAGUUACUAUUCAACCCCCUCAUGAGGAGAAAGGGAUCAGAUUUGAGUCAACUGGGUAUUUGGCCUCAGUUUAUAUGGAUGAGAUCCGUUCAUAUGUGUCUCUCACAUCAUCAAAUACGCUCAUCAUCACCCUAGCAAUGGAAUAUUUUUACAACAACACCCAAGGGCAGUGUGGAGUGUGUGGUGGAGGAUCUUGUGUGCGUAGGAGUGGUCGGAUCGAGGAUGAAACCUGCUGUGAUAGGACUGCGGUGUUUCAGGAGUGCAGCACAAGAAUGGAUCUCGUUAGUCUGAGGAGGAACUGCGAGUUUGAUGUUUGUCUAUCUGGGAAACCGAAAAUGGCCUGUUCAGCACUUUCACAGGCAGCAGAAGAGUGCAAGACCUUGGAUAUAUGUGUGGACUGGAGACACCUGACUAAUGGCACUUGUGGUGUCCCCUGCCCAAAAGGAAUGGUGUUCCAAGAGUGUCAUCACAAGUUAGAUAACUACUGUAAUGGAAGACAACCUGUGAAUGGAAGAGUGCUGGAUGAACCAAGGGCAGGCUGCUUCUGUCCUGAGAAUCAAUACCGUGCAGAGGGAAACAGUGAGAUUUGUGUUUCUGAAUGCACUGGUUGUAAAGGCCCAUUGGGAGAGCCUAAACAGCUGGGAGAGACUUGGAUGUCAGAAUGCCACAUAUGCACUUGUAAUAACAUGACCAGGACUACAGAAUGUCGACCAGAAUCCCAAGGACCAUCUCCUUUGUGCAGGCAGGAUUCUGAACUGGUGCCAGGCUGCUGCAAUGAACUAUCUUGUGUUGAGAAGACAUGCAAGUACAAAGGUGUAACAUAUAAGGUUGGAGAUACAUGGAGAGACCCUUCGGAGCCCUGUCUGUCUCUUAGCUGCCUGAGGACAGGCCUAGAGGUGGAGAGAAGGGUCUGUCCUCAGCAGAGCUGUGCUGAGGAAUUUCGAGUUUGGGAUGAACACCACUGCUGCUAUACAUGUAACCUAACUUGUGCAGCUAGAGUGUUAUGGGUUAACAUUACACUGGAGAACUGUUCAGGAGAAGUGGAACUACCAAGUUGUGGGCCCGGUCUGGAGGAGGCCACACAGGGUGGAUACUUCAGUUUGAGCCUGGUUGUCAGUGUUGUCAAGAGAAGAGCUAUGAGAUGA